AUGUCUGACGCCGCCACCGCCAAACUCCAAGGCAGUUUGACUGCUCGUGACGGAGAAAUCAUCGUUGCUGCGCUGCAGUGUGUCAAGGGCGGUGACAUCCAGAUCGACUAUGCUGCGCUUUGCAACAGACUUGGCUUCAAAACUGAGGCUUCCGCCAGAACGGCCUGGUGCGGAGUCAAAAGAAAGCUCUUCAAUCCUACUGAUGAACCAGCCACUACUCCAAAGGCCAAAACACCUCGCAAGCCCAAAGACACAAACAGCACUACGCCAAAGUCAGGCAAGGGAGCUUCCAAGGCUGAAGCUGCUAGCAAGGAUGGUAGCCAGGACUCUGGUGAUGGAUUGGGCAAUGAUCCGGCAGCCCCUACUGCAGACAGCGAUGUGAAUCAAUCAGAAGAAGCACCAGCGACACCCAAGACGCCUACGACACCCAAGAAGCGUAGUCGCAAGAGCAAAGCUGAAAAGGAAGCUGAAGCCGCAGCCAACGGUGAAGCCGCUGCCGCCGAAGGUGACGAUGAGAAGAAGCCGCCAAAGAAGCGCCGAACUCCCGCCAAGAAGAAGGGUACCGAAGGCGAAAACAACGGUGAAAAUGAAGGUGAAACUAAAACCACUCCUGUCAAGGGAAAGAAAGCACCUGCUGCACGCAAAACCGCCGCUCCCGCGACCGACAAAGCCCCGGCUCCAGCUGGCCCCGGUGAGGGAGAAGCUGUAGUUCUAGAGGUCGCUAACGUGAAGAAAGAGGAGGAUGAUCUUGUUUCGGGAGAGGCGGAUGGCGCCCUUCUCGCCGCUGGAACCGCCAAUGCUACCAAACGCGUGACUACUGCUGCUGACGGAGGUGUUCAUGAUACUGUGAACACAGUUGCUCAAGUUAUUGCGGCUGAGGCUACUAAGGCUAUGGCCGACGCGGCCGGCGAUUAUUGA